AUGGAUCGCGCAGUCCUUCUGAAUGACAUCACAAAGAUCGCUCGAUUGGCAUUGAAGUUUCCCCUCAGCUUUGUGGACUUGCCAGCCUGUGCUUACGCUCUCUUCCACGGGUUGCGAAGCGCAGAAUCUGCGCAAUGGUGCGCAGAGAACUUUCACAAAAAACUCCUGCCGUCUUUGGCAGAACGGAUCCACACGUAUGACACAGCCCAGCUGAGAAGACUCCUUGAACGAACACUAGAGGCUUUGGAUGCUGAGAUCCUCAAAAGUACUAGUCCUCAGCAAGUCGGGCCUGUGUAG